ACCGACCGUAUAAAAUAGAUUUUUAACAAAUUUGCAUACAUUCAUUUGUAAAUUCCUUCAUUUUACGGUUUUGUUAAUGUUCGGCCAGAAACCACUUUUCGGUUCUAAUUCUUUAUUCGGACAAACUCAGCAAACGGGAACAGCUAAUAUAUUUGGAGCUCCAGCUACAACCCCUCAACAAAAUGUAUCUGCAUUUGGCCAAGGAAAUCAAUUUUUUGGUGCUAAUCGUCCACAAUCAAAUUUGUUUGCAACUCCUUCAUCUAGUUUUGGAUUUGGAAAUCAGCUGAGUAACAAUGCUAAUCUCACUAGCAAUGCAACUAGUAACCCUACUAAUGUUUUUGGCUUUGGUGCGUCAAAUCCACAAUCCUCAAAUUUAUUUGCCAAUCCAGCAUCCACAAUUGUUGGAACUCAAGUCAAAUUUAAGGUGCCCACCACUCAAGACACAAUGAAUAAAAAUGGUGCAAUGCAUAAUAUUACAGCUGCCAUUGAAUGCAUAUCAGCUAUGAAAGAAUAUGAAAAUAAAAGUCUUGAAGAACUCAGGGCAGAAGAUUAUAGUAGCAACAGAAAAUUUCCCCAAAUUGCCCCAACUGCACAAACCCCUAGCUUAUUCAACGCCUUUCAACCUCAACAACCAGCCAGUAACAUCCCUGGAACCUCGGGACUUUUUGGUCAAACAUUUUUUGGAGCUACCACAACCGUUUCUACUGGAAUGUUUGGACAACCUGCAGCUGUUGCAACUACCCCAUCGUUGUUUGGCAUGCAACCUCAAGCCUCCAAUCUCUCGAUAUUUGGACAACCACAAGCCACCACAAGUGUAUCCCUAUUUGGACAGCCAGCUCAAGUGACUUCCGCUAAUACUGGUUCUCUAUUUGGCACGGGUAUUGGUGGUGCCAGCGGCAUGUUUGGUAACGCUAAUAAGUUUGCCCUAGGCUCGGCUUCCAAUAUAGUGGCACCGUCCACUGGUUCGGCAUUUUCGUUCAAUUUCGGUCAACCAUCGACAACCACUGCUCCAUCUUUAUUCGGUCAAACUCCACAAACAGCCUCUGGGUUAACUGGCUUCAGCCUUUUUUCUUCACCCGCAGUAGCAAAACCUUCAUUCCCAGUAUUUGGUGCCAUAACUACGUCUGCACCAGCGCCCUCAUUUUUUGGGGCAGCUGGAUCAUCUGCUUUUCCACCCUUCCCGGGCCUUGCCCAACAGUCGUCUGCCCCUUCAAAUUCCUUGUUCUCCUUUACAAGCCCCCUCAAUGCUGCAUCAUCUGCACCAACUGCAUUUCCUCAAUCUCUAUUUGGUGCCCAACCACAAGCGACUUCCCUUCCUACGGGAAGUGUCGGGGGAUUUUCUUUUGGCGCCAAUCCUUUAUUCAAACCUCUCCAGACUCAGCCGGGACCCUUAGCAGCUGUUCAACCAUUUAAUAUGGGUGCACCCAGUGCUAUUGGAGGCGGAUUUUCCUCAAUGUUUCCCUCGGCAGCUUCCGCUGCUGUAUCAUCCGCCCCCUCCAUUGGGUUUGGCGGCUUCAACCUGUUCAAUCAACCCCAAUCUCAGCCGCAGGCGACAAAUAGCUUGCUUUUUGGGUCGUCGUUAUUUCCAGCCCCCGCUGCGACUACCGGCAUAUCCGCUUUCGGGACAGGAACCGGUCUUUUUGGCGGGACCGCAGCCAAUAGUAGUUUAUUCCCCACUGGACAACAGAAUAUGUUCGGCACUGGCGGCACAUCUUUCCAGCCCUCCCAACAGCCUUCCUUAUUUCAGCAAGGUCAGCAGCAACUCCAAAUGAAUCAACAACCACAAUUAUUCCCCCAAAAUGCUCCUCUCGGGAGCACUAAUGUCUUAGACCCUAACAACAUCGCCCUUUCGGCCUUACGCAAGCAGAUACUGGACAUGGUUACGCUUAUGCCUUACGGGGACGUUCCUAUGGUCGGCCAAAGUCAUAUUAAAGAUAUUAAGAAAACUAUGCCAGACCAGAGUCAAGUAGACUCUUCGCUCAAGAACGCUUCCUCAAUUUCUGCUCCAUACCAUCCUUCCCCACUGGCUCAGCUAUCUGCCAGAUACUCUUCCAACAGGAGCAGAGAUCUAUCCCCAUUUUCCUUGUAUAACAACGGCUCAUUUAUCUUCCCUUCCAAUUGGAGUGGGGGUACAAAACAGUCGGAGAGUGCUAAAUUGAAGCAAUUAUUUGCUCGGUUACCAGAAGAUUCGCCUGAUGCCGACGCUCAUAGUUUAGCUGACGAAUUUGUUCCUAGGCGCCGUCAUGACAGUUUGCGUAACAAUAUUUCCUUGCUUUCCCCCAGAAACAUAGGAUCUCCUUCUCUACUUAGAAGCCCAAAACUGGAUUCUACUAAAAGAAAUGUGUCAAACAUAAAAAAAUUGAACUUGACUCCGAAAUUAUCCACGAGAUCGCCUGAUUCUAAUGUAAAUACUACAAAUUUUGACUCCAAUGCUAGUAUAUUGAACUCAAACAUUUCGGCCCAAAACGAUAUCUUCGCACCCGAUAACCUUUCCUCUUCCUUAUUGCUCUCGUCAGAUGUUUAUAAUGGAAGGCCGGUCGAAAGAUUUACAGCUGAUAAUAAAUUACGAGAUAGAAUUGACGGCCCUUCAGAAAGGGAAGUAUCAAAUAUUCCCGUCGUAAAUUUUCAAAACGAAAUAACGGAAGAUGAUAACCGAAUCAUUUACGAAAACCGUUUUAUAUCCCCUCCGAAGAUUGUGGUAGAUAGACCCCUGUUCAAAUGCAAUAAACCGGGAUAUUACACGGAACCCGACGAGGAAGAGUGUUACAGAAGACUCAGGGCCCAGAUUAAAGGUUCUCCAGAAAAUAAUUCCAAAAAGAAAUGCUUGCUGGUCUCUGACUUUGUCAUAGGCCGUAAGGGCUAUGGAUCCAUAACUUUCCCUGGCCCCAUUAACGUUAUCGGGUUGAAUAUCGAUAAAGAUGUUUACAUCGAAAUUAAAAACGUGGAAAUAUACCCCGAAGAAAGCGAAAAGCCAGUUUUGGGUGAAGGAAUGAAUACAAGGGCCAUCGUUUCGCUCCACAAUACCUGGCCCAAAGAUAAAACCACGUUGAGCCCUGUCAGAGACAUAGAUCGAAUAGAAGAAAUAAACUACGAGAAGCGACUUAGAAUAGCUUGCAAAAAGAUGGGAGUAAUAUUCUUGGAUUACAUACCAACUACUGGAACUUGGAUAUUCGAAGUAUCACACUUUUGAUUACUAGCCAUACGUUAUCUUCCCAACAUUGGAAUUCGAAUUGUUGGAAACGUUGAUCCACGAGGAAAAACACAUAAAUUUUUUUUUAUAUAAAUAAACUUGUCCCAUAAAAAUUGUCAUUUUUUUAGAAAUAUAAUUAAUAUUUUAAAAAAAUGUAUAAUGCGCUCAAAAUUUCUAGUUAUUUAUAUAACUUAUGUACACCUUUUCCCUCUUAUAUUUUUGGCUUUGAAUGAUA